UCGCUAUAAACCUAAAAAAAGUGGCUAGAAGCCGUGUUCCCAAAACCCGGACUGGAUUGAAGGCGAUAACUGAAGCCGCCGUCAGCACCACCACCGCCUAAGACGAGCGAACGAUCAGCAAUGACGAGACAGAGACAGAGACAGGAGCAGAGUACUAGCAGUAUCGAUCUCAUAGGCGAAUAUCUUCUCCAGAACAUUCUCUCCAGGCUUCCAGCUUUAUCCUUCGCAUCCGCGGCGUGCGUUAGCCGCUCCUGGAACUCCCUCUGCAACCUUCUCCUCUCUCGCCCCAAGCUCUCCUCCGCCUUCUCUCUCAACCCUUCUCUUCGGGAUGCGGUGAAAGAGGUUGUUAAUGAGGUUCUCUCGGAGCCCCUCCGACCGCAUUUCGCCAUCGCUUGCAUUAGCCCUUCGUUCAGCCUGCGUCUGGCUCACAAACUUAUUACAGAAAAACUUGGCUCCACAACUCCUGUUGUUACGUACGAGUCCAGGGGAAUAAUUGGAAGAGAUGCACUUACUAAUAAAUUCAAAGAGGUUCAGUGGGACUUAACUGUCCAAGAUGAUCCUGGUGCUCAAGUUGAUAAUUUAUCCCCAUCCUCGGUUGUAACUCAUGGAAUCUUGUUGACUGUUGGAUUUUUACCUGGAUUAAAGGUUGAUGCUAUUCCGCUGUUACAAUCAAUUGAGUGUCCUCAGGUGCUCAUGGUCGACCAAUUUGUGAUGGAUAUUAGGGAGUAUACAGCCUCUGUUUCGGGUUGUACAUCACCUGCUGGGAUUAUUAUGUUUGGAGGUUCAACAACUGAUAUGAAACCUGUUCUUGAUAAAAUGGAUUAUGCCAUGUCUUUGGAGACUGUCAUUGUGGGUGAUGAAAAUGGCCGUUUUCUACACAAAAGACCAGGUGAUACUGGAAACGCCACUAGGAGUCGAAAGAACAGUUCUGUUGGCGUGGCCCUGACGUUUGUGCGGGAUAGGAACAAGCCUCAUGCAGGUAUAGGGGAUAUUGAAUUCCAUUGUGUAUUAUCUACUGGUAUGUUACCAAUAGGCCCGACAUUUAAAGCAGUUGCUGUUAGAGAAAGCCGUGAGGAGUGUUCUACAUGGCUCACUGCAAGAAGAGAAGAACUUCAUGACAUCCUUGAUGGUGAAACUAUGAUAAAUGACAUCAACCAUGAACUAGGGGAUCGUAUUGAGUAUCCUUUUUUCUACAUCGGGGUCACGAAAAGAAGGAAAUGCUCUGUGGGUUUGGAGAAGGUGAAAUUGGUAACAUCCUUGGUAUUCCAUGAAGUAACAGGUGGAGAUGAAGAGUACCUAUUUGUCUCUAACAACGGCAUCAAAACUGGUGAUACCUUUCGAUUCUAUUAUCCAGAUCCUAGUUCUGCUUCAUCUUCUUCUAGCAAGGUCUCUGAAAAAUUCAGACUCUUCAAACAAGAUUGGGAUCAUAGAAGCCAAAACGUGAGGGGUGGCAAUAAGGACGUUUUUGGAGGUAUGAUCUUCGCAUGCUGUGGCCGUGGUGAGGAAUUCUUUGGCUGUCCCAAUGUUGAUAGCGCCCCAUUUUUGGAGAACUUUGCUGGCGUUCCUUUGGCGGGAAUGUUUUCUUGUGGGGAAAUUGGACGUGGCUCUAAAAGCUUAUAUGAAGAAGAAGAAGCUCAAGAACAAAGCUCCAUUCGAUGUUGUCUUCACGCGUAUAGUAGUGUUUACCUGGUAAUGUCAUACACUCUGUCACAGCCAGAACAUUAGAUCGUUCUCAUGGUUUACUGGAUGUUUUCAAAUGCAACUCGGAUACAUCUGGCUGGUUGUAUAGGGUAUCUCUCUCACUUGCUAAGUGUACAUUGACAUGGAAUGGAACAAUACUGGUUUCGAAACUUGUAAAACUUUGAUGCUUACAGGGGUCAUAAUAAUGAUCCGUGAAUUGGAGAAAAAUUAUGUUCUGUAA